UGAAGGGAAAAGGAAAAGGAAAAUAAAGCGGCGCGGAUUCAUCCGUAGCCAACACAACCGGAGCGCAACCACCUUCGCUGUUGCUGCUGCCGCCACCGCCUCCUCCAUCAAGGAUGUCGCGCAGAAAGAGAAAUGCAGCAAGCAGUUCAGAUGGAACAGAAGACUCAGAUUUCUCUACAGACCCAGAACAUACAGACAGUUCAGAAAGUGAUGGUGCAUCACGCCAGUUUGCCUGUGUGACACGAUCUACUAGGCUUAGCCAAAGUUCACAAGAUUCCAGCCCAGUUCGCAGUCCACCAUCAUUUGGAGCAGAAGAGCCUCUUUAUUCUACUCAGAGAAUAACUCGCAGUCAGCAGCAACCCAUACCUGUAACUCCAAAGAAGUAUCCACUGCGACAGACUCGUUCAUCAGGCUCAGAAACAGAGCAAGUGGUUGAUUUUUCUGAUAGAGACACAAAAAAUACAGCUGACCGUGAUGAGUCUCCACCCCGCACUCCAACUGGGAAUGCUCCUUCAUCAGAGUCUGAUAUUGAUAUCUCUAGUCCCAACAUGUCACAUGAUGAAAGUAUUGCCAAGGAUAUGUCCAUGAAAGAUUCAGGGAGUGAUCUUUCCCAUCGCCCCAAACGACGGCGUUUCCAUGAAAGCUAUAAUUUCAACAUGAAAUGUCCCACCCCUGGCUGCAACUCAUUAGGACAUCUGACAGGAAAACAUGAGCGACACUUCUCUAUAUCUGGGUGCCCCCUGUAUCAUAAUCUUUCAGCUGAUGAAUGCAAGGUGAGAGCUCAAAGCCGAGACAAACAAGUGGAGGAGCAGAUGCUUUCUCACCAACAGGAUGACAACAGUAGACAUGCUACCAGACACCAGGCACCAACUGAAAGACAAUUGAGAUACAAAGAGAAAGUUGCAGAGAGAGCUGAGCAUGGAAGAGUGAGCCAAACAUUAAUACAUCUUUCUCAGUCUGGUCCCUCCAGAUGUGUCAUCACUGUCCUUAAGCACAAUCUGUG